ACAUCUCUGGCUGAUUAAACCAUCACGCAAAUAACCACAGCAAUACGUGUAAUUAAAAUAGUUUGUCUUGAACGCGAGCAAAUACAUUCAGGGGGGCUGUUUUUGUCUAUUUCGCUGCCAACACAACAAACUCAUCGCUGAUAAACAACAGCGGAAAUUCAAACAGGAUUGUCCAGCGAGUACCUGUUCAAUCCGGGCCUCGUCACUACCCAGUGUCACUCCGCGUUGGGACUAAGCGCGUGGGAUUUUCCCAAACUGCAUUUCGUAAUCUGUUUUAAUCCUCCUUGGCCAUCAAUCAGUGGUCAUUAGCAGUCUAACAGGACUUGGGGACGAAGCGGAGUGUUAAUUACCUGAGGGUGAUUGCGAUUUACCUGAGAUAUUCUUCCGCCUAUAGAGGUCACGGACAGGUGUGCAGCAGUUGAGUGCCACUAGGAAGGGAAUUGAAUGCGGCGUUUUGAAAGCUAAAUAUUCGUGAUAUCGCCGUGACAUAUGCCGAAAUGGCGUCUUGGAUAUGUUUAAGUGUCUGCAUAAUUACAUCGUUCGUUUUGGAAUCAGUCACUGGGGCAAGCCUGACCUCAUCACCGGCUCAAAUAACUAUCUGGGGCGGUAACCCAACAUCUCAGUUGACUGUAGGUUGCACGCCAAAUGCACCUGGGAUAACUAAAGUGUUUAACAUAGAGAUUGGCAAGAAGUCUUCUACUGGCUCUAAUCAGCCUAUAAUACAAUUGGCCAACGACGAUUCGUCAGUACAAGUAGUGGACACAAGUCUACAACAGCGGUUAACAGCCUCAGGUUCUAUUAGUGGAGCAACAGGCAGUAUACAGUUCAUCCUGACAGAUCUGAGAUGUGCUGAUGCUGCUUCUACAUACUACUGCAGCACGUUAUACUUGACGGGGUCAUCUGGAAGUGAUGAGGCAACUACCAACAUCACAGCUAGAACCUACCCAGAGCAGAUAGAGAUGUUCCCCACUCCUGACAGGGUCCAGUAUGACGAUGGUGAGGUCUUGUCAAUCAGAUGUACAGGCAGGAUUGGGAACCAGUUUAAUGAGAACAACCUCCAGAACCUGUGGACAUGGGAGUGGCGAUACAUAGACAACGAGUUCGCCUCCUGGACACGGUACCCCAAUGACCAAAACAUCACCUACGACACUCCUACGUCGUCAGCGGAAUGUCAGUAUACAGGGGCGUCAACACUGGUUCAUACAGUCUCGAAUCUAGACAAUGGGAGACAGUUCAGGUGUUCUGUCGUGAGUGCUGACUACAGCGCAAACAAGACAGUUUAUGUUGUUGGUCAAGCACCUCCUGUAACUGGUACCCCAGGACCGAAAACAGGCGAGGCUGGAGUGGAUGGUGGCAUGAUCGCUGGUAUCGUGGUAGCUAUCCUGGUUAUCAUCGUCGUCAUCAUCGUUGUCAUCGUCGUCAUGCGCAAGAAGAAAAGUGGUGGUGAACAUUAUGAAACAAAGGAAGAGGAUGGACGAGAUGAAAGGCCGGAAAUGACUCCCAAUGUUGUGUACAGCACUCCGGCCAGCAUUGACCAACGGCAACCCAGAUAUCACAAUCGUAAAUCUCCGAACCGGAUGAAGGGACGUGAAAACAACGCCAUGGACGAGCCUCAGGAGCGUAACCCACAUAACUACUACAACAACCGCGGCCAGGCUAACCCUGCCAUGGACGACAACCUGGACGACAGCAGAGCCAGCCCGGACGAGCUACUUAAUUUUAUGACAACAACACCGACACCAGGAGACCACAGGGUUAUGGAUCAGCCGAUAGGAAGUGGCGACAGCAGCAACAACGUCAUAAAUAAACAACAUUAG